UGUGUAUUGUUUUCAUUUAAGUUAGCACCCCUGCGUGGGUAUCAUUACAUGCAUGUCCCAUGCAUGUUUCCUCUCUCUUCAUACCACACUUAUUUGUAUUAUAUAUAGCAUGAAAAUGCUCUUGCAUGUAUAUACGCAUAUAUUGAACUCCUUCAAGGAGGAUUGUUUCUUCCCAUCUAUUUCAUAGUUUCACCAAUACUUAUCAAUUUUAUCAUGGUAUCAGAGCCGAAAUCCUGGAAGUAAUUUCUUAAGUUCUCAUAAAAUAUGGCGUAUACAUUGCCACAUGUUCGUUCUUGGAUAAUUGACUCUGGGGCUAUUGAACACAUCACGUGUAGUGAUAACAACCUCUUUGAUAUCAAUCACACGCUAGAGCCACCAGUCAGAAUUCCUAACGGUGAUUUAAUUUCGGUUCAUGCUGUUGGUGAUUUAUACUUACCCAAUGGGCUCCGACUUAAACGUGUUCUAUACAUUCCAAAAUUUCAGUGCAACUUACUUUCUGCUAGUCGCCUAACAAGUGAUCUAAAUUGUACACUCACGUUUUUUCAGACUUUUGUAUUUUACAGGAUUUGCCCUCAAGAAAGUUGAUUGGUGUGGGUAAAUUUCGUAAUGGUCUCUACUAUUUGGAGUCCUCGAGAAGUGAAGGAGUGGCAAUGUCAGUCUAUAUUACCUGUGAUUUAUGGCAUCAACGUUUGGGGCAUGCAUCUGAUGGAAAGAUACAUCAUAUUGGUUAUCUCAAGGGUUUUAAACGGGACAAUUUUUUUUGCGAUCCUUGCAUGCGAGCUAAGCAGACCAGGCUGCCCUUCCCAAGAAGUACUAUUAAGACAACUCGCUGUUUUGAAUUGAUACAUUGUGACAUUUGGGGACCUUAUAGAUGUGAUUCAACCUCCGGAGCACAGUAUUUUCUAUCUAUUGUUGAUGACUUUACUAGAGGUGUUUGGGUUUAUUUAAUAAAAAAUAAGUCCGAAGUUCCUCACUUGUUGAUUCACUUUUGCAAUAUGGUAAAUACCCAAUUUGAACGUCAAGUCAAG